UGAAAUGAUAACAAAAGUAAACAAACAAAAUUGAAAAAGAUGAACGUUCGCGCUAAAAACAAUCUCAUGAAUAGGUGAAUAACAAUUAAUGAGUGAUUGUACCAAAUGAUCAUUAUUUAAGUCCUCUAGUUCUUGAUAUUCGCAAUUUCAAAAGAGAAUGCGGCUUUUUGUUACCAUUAUUCAAAUACUCAGAACCGUCAUUUAAUAGCAAAUCGUCUUCCAUUUCGAUACGUUGAGUUUCAAAUCCAUCUGUUUUCGGUAUACUCGGCUCCACGUGCUUAAAAAAUGAUUAGCAAGAUAAAAUUUCCAAAAUCGGAGUUACACUGCGAUUACACUUUUAAUGGAGGCCAAGCAUUUCGCUGGAAAAUCGGCAGCGAUGGUAAAUGGAUUGGUGUAUUUGCCCAUCGUGUUUGGAAAUUAUGGCAAGACGAUAAUUUCAUAUUCUACGAAGUAUAUCCGCCCAAAAACUCAGCUUCUGCUUCUGCUGACGAAGAAACACUUCUGAAAGAAUAUUUACGUUCAGAUGAAUCAUUAUCAGAUUUAUAUAAAGAUUGGUCCAAACGUGACCGCAUGUUUGAAGAAGCUGCUAAAAAAUUUACUGGCGUUAGAAUGCUUAAACAAGAUCCAGUCGAAAUAAUCUUCACUUUCAUUUGCUCAUCAAAUAAUAAUAUUACGAGGAUAAAAUCUAUGGUCGAUAAAAUGAGUAAAUUCUAUGGCAAUGAAAUCGCUGAGGUAGAUGGGGAAACAUAUCAUGAUUUUCCAACCGUCGAAAAACUAGCCCAUCCUUCUGUUUUGAGCGAUUUACAGAAGGCUGCUUUUGGAUACCGAGCGAAAUUUAUUCAACAAUCUGCGAAUAAAAUUAUGGAAUUUGGAGGCCAAGAAUGGAUAAAUCGUUUGGAAAAAUUACCAUAUAAAGAAGCGAAAGCCGAACUGAUAAAAUUACCUGGUAUUGGAGCGAAAGUUGCAGAUUGUAUUUGUUUAAUGUCGCUAAACCAUUUGGAAGCAAUUCCAGUCGAUACACAUGUUUUUCAAAUCGCUGCGAGAUAUUAUUUACCACAUUUGAAAACCAUGAAAUCUGUAACGGAAAGAGUGUAUAACGAAAUCGGCGAUCAUUUUCGAAGCGUUUUUGGUGAUUAUGCUGGAUGGGGUCAUAGUGUAUUGUUUUGUGAUGAGCUGAAGGGAUUUAAAGAUGAAACGAGCGGUAGCAAGAGGAAAAAAUCACAGACAAAGGAGAACAGAAAAUGUUCCAAAAACUAGUCAUUUGCAGCCCUUAAAGUUUUAUUUCACGCGACAAAUUUUAAAUGCGCAUUAUUAUUAUUAUUAUUAUACUAAUUUAUUUUUCGUCUCAUUUUACUACUCGUACAUACGAUUCGGCUGUGCAUGUGAAUUAACAUCAAGGUAUUAAUUACGUUCAAGUAAUGAAAUAUUUUAUUCAAAUUUCAAAUCAUAACAUAAUAAAAAUACAUAUAAAAUAAACAUACAAAA